UAUAAGGGAUUGGGCUCAGGUACUCUUUUUCCUUGAAUAUUUUAGAGGAGGCAUUUUUUUUGGCUGCAACCCUAAAAAGCAUGGAGAGUACUUGGAGAAUUUGUGUUUGUUUCUAUUGCUGUCUUCAUUGGCUUUCUUCUAGCAUCCAGUGCUCCCCUCGCUCCAGGGAUCGUGUAGUCUCUGACAAGACCUCUGGGUUAUCGGUAGCCCCUGAGGACAACGCCAGUGAGCUACAUCCAUUGUUGCAGCUGCCAAAAGGCAUGAGACGUGGAUAUGCCCUCCUGCCUCCCCUUCUCAAGGUGCUGUCUGACCGGGGACACCAGAACUGGGAAAGUGAGGCCCCCAGGCUACAGCCAGGGUCCAGAGCCCUUCGGUACAUGAAGAGGCUAUAUAAGAUGUCUGCUACCAAGGAGGGAAUCCCAAAGGCUAAUAAAAGCCACCUCUAUAACACUGUACGACUUUUCACUCCGUGUUCUGAAUGCAAGCACCACCACAGGGACCUAAUGAAAGGAGACGUUCACUUGGUGGAUUUACUCUUCAACCUGGAUCGUGUUACUGCUCUAGAGCACUUACUCAAGUCUGUCUUGCUCUAUUCCUUUGACACAUCAGUUCCCAUUUCUUCUUCCAUUACGUGCAUGUGCCAUUUAUCUGUUAAGGAGCAUGAUUCUUCUAGCCAAGUGUGUCCCAGCCUCUCGCACUCUAUACCUUUUAGCCUGCAAUUUGAAGUUAGAAAACGCAAGUGGGUUGAGAUUGAUGUGACUUCUUUUCUCCAGCCUCUAAUUGCUACUAACAGGAGGAAUAUUCAUAUGGCUGUGAAUGUCACUUGUUUGAUGGGUGAUCCACAACAGAACACUAAACUGGAAAAUGCAAUUAAUAUGGCACUGCUUCCCCCUUCUCUUCUUCUUUAUCUGAAUGAUACCAGUGAGCAAGCUUAUCACAGGUGGAACUCACUUAGACACAGAAGGAAAAACCCAGUGUGGCCCAGGCAAAGGAACAGUCCGCUUGUUGAUCCUACGGGUGGCAAAGGAAAGGAGAAUUCACAAGGUAAAAGGGCCUCUCGACAGCGAAGAGCUGAGAAUCUUAAAGAAGCACCAGCAACUCCACCUCAUAAUUUGAGCAAAUAUUUCAAACAAUUUCUGUUCCCUCAAAACGAGUGUGAGCUUCACAACUUCCGUCUAAGUUUUAGCCAACUAAAAUGGGACAAAUGGAUAAUAGCACCACACAGGUACAGCCCUCAGUAUUGUAAAGGUGACUGCCCAAGGGUUGUCGGGCAUCGUUAUGGCUCUCCGGUACACACAAUGGUACAGAACAUAAUAUAUGAGAAACUGGACUCCUCUGUUCCAAAGCCCUCCUGUGUUCCUGCUGAAUACAGCCCACUGAGCGUCCUAACCAUAGAGCCCGAUGGCUCCAUAGUCUACAAAGAGUACGAAGAUAUGAUAGCUACCAAGUGCACUUGUCGGUAGUGGGUGAACCCUAAUUGAUUUUAAUCCGGGUUUGGGUAUUUCUGCAUCCUCAAAGUAUCUGUAGCUAUAAUCAAAUGAAUAGUAUUUGUGUAAUUCUAAUAGCUCUGUAAAACCAGUUAGGAUUUA